UAAUUAUCCGUAUGCGAUUGAACCGUGUUGAACGUUGAAUGUUGAUAACUGAAAUGCAUCCGGUUAUCAAAAUUUUAAUUUCAACUUUCAUUGCUUUCAUUUCAGUUCAGUUUCUGAAUUUUCAACUUAUUUGAAUGAUCAUUCAAGUCUGUUGUCAUUUCUAAUUUAUUAAUUAUUCCACAAAGAAAUCAAAUAAUAUUUCACGUCGUUUUUCUUUGAAUAAAAAUGAUAUUCACUGCCAUCAGAAGUUUCAGCACAAAAAUCCCUGCAUUUAAACCUGUUUCUCAUAUCAUCUUUGACAUAGAUGGUUUAAUUUUAAAAACCGAGCAAUUUUAUUAUCAAGCAGAUAAAACCGUUAUCAACCGAUAUGGUAAAGAAUAUCCGUGGGAGCUUAGAAUGAAAGUAUUAGGACGUACUGAACAACAGACAGCUCAUAUGAUUGUCGAAGAAUUAAAACUUCCAGUAUCGCACAAACAGUAUCAAACUGAAGUGAAAAAUGUUGUCCUAGAUUUGCUUAAAAAUGCCCCCUUGAUGCCAGGGGCCGAAAGAUUAAUCAGACAUCUUUAUAAUAACAAAAUACCGAUGGCCUUAGCAACAAGCAGUGGAGCAGAAAGCGUCGUAGCAAAGUUCAGUAAAUAUCAAGAUUUGUAUAAACUAUUCAAUCAUAUCGUUAUGGCCAGCUCGGAUCCUGAUAUAAAACAAGGCAAACCUGCUCCCGAUGUUUUUCUCGCUGCUGCGAAAAAAUUCGCAGAUAACCCAGAUCCGGAAAAGUGCUUGGUUUUCGAAGACGCGCCUAAUGGUGUACUGGCCGCUGUUAGUGCUGGAAUGCAGGUUGUAAUGGUGCCUGAAGAUUAUGUAUCGGAAGAAGAUAGAAAGAAAGCUACUGUAGUGUUGAAAUCGUUGAACGAUUUUAAACCAGGACAAUUUAAAUUGCCACCGUUUUCAGACUGAUUGUGAUAAUGUUAAUCUUUGUCGAAGAUCGUUGCCAUUCGAAAACCGAACCCAUGUUUAGUGAGAAUCCUUAUUUAAUAUCUCAUCUUUCUGUCCUAAAUGUAGGUUCUAGUCAUGCUUCUUUUCUUCAAUCAAAAUUUGUGAUUUUAUAUCUUGCUUGAAAUAUUUUGUCAAAAAUACUUCGAAGAACAAAAAUACGCGUAUUACUGCCUUUUUUCAUACAGCAAGACUGAUUGAUUUAUGCUACGUAGAGGGCAUGUAUGUAUGUACUUAAAGUAAGUAUAAUGACGGUUCAAGGAUUAGUAUGAGAUAUUUUUGUUUUGACAAUAAGUGAACUAUCCACUCAUCAAUUCAAAACGAUUAAUUAUUGUAUUUUUGUGUUAAGAUGUUAGUUUUACGAUAAGUGGCGUAAGUUACCAUGUUUGUAAUCGAAAUUGUUUUAUAUUCGCUAUGAAGUGGCUUGUUUCGUUUAUUUCAAAAGCUAGCAUAGAUAAUUUUCGUUGUUCUUUUAUCUUGAUUUUGUUCGUUGUUUUACGUAGAAGUUUAUUUUGGGAUUGUUUAAUGGGUUAAUUUUUAAAUAAAUUGUUGAUCUAUCCAUUGA